AUGCAAACCACGCCGGCGCGGUCGUCGCGCAUCACAAAGUCACGAAAGCCAAGCGUGGCUGCAGCAUUGGGUCUUCGCCGUUCCGUGUCGUCGCCGUCAUCAGGCAGUCCUCGGCGGAAGUCAGCGCAAUCAGUCAAGUCAGAGAACUUUGACUAUGACGAUAAGCUCGACGACACAGGUGUCAUUGCUUCGCUAGCAGCCGACCUCAAUUUCCGCGAUGUGCCUCAGUACAUGGAGUACAUUCGUAGUAGGAUGUUCAGCGACAUUCCGCUGAGAAAUUCGGGGCUGAACUCAACGCGAAUCGCCGAAACCUUGAACUAUCGCAAGGCGUUACCACCAAUCGUUACACUUGCACAUCUUGACGCCUUGGGCACGUCUUCAACCAGGACUGAGCGCGAGAUUGCUGAGCUUUCGCAAGCCGGCAUACUUCGACGAAUAGCCAUCCCUAAUCGUGGUACGGGCAUCGCUUCAGUGGGAGACGGUAUCGCUUCUGUGCAAGAGUGGGGACGAUUGGUCAGGUCGCACACUGGUCUUACUCCCGAAGUACAAUCAAAGUAUCUCACGGCCAUGCAUGCCAACCCGACUUCCACAAUCGUAGCUAGUACCGCUUUCACGCCAGGGGAAAUCUCUAGCUUAUCCGCUGCUGGUUUUCUGACCACCUCCACAGCACCUGAGAGUAGAUCCUCCUUGUUUGCAAUGCCUGGCACCGGCAGUCUCUCGGCCCUUUCAACAGCUGGUUCACGCCAUGCAUCUGGCUCCAUAGGUGCGGUUGGUGGAGCUUCAGCAACGCAGCACAUGCACGGGGGCACCGGCCAACGCAUGGUAUCUACCACAUAUUACAAUUUUUCACUCCCAAAUACUGGAUCACACACAAAGUUGAUCGUUGAGGCUCGUACACACUUCCUCAGUCUUCUUAAGAGAUCCAAGUAUAGAGAAGCACCGUUGGAUUUGUUGAGGGAACGAUGGGACGGCGGUAUACUGGGCAAGGAAGAAAUUGCAGACAAAAAAAAAGCGCGAGGAGAGUUCGCUGGGAUUCUACCAGGACGGACGAAGAAGUGGAAGCAAUUUCAUGGCUUGCGCUUCGAAUGGAUCUUGGAGGAGUGCGUGGGAGCUGGACUUGUCGAGCUUUUCGAGACAGGCAGCGUAGGCAAAGCAGCAAGAAUUCUAUGA